UGUUUUGGUUUAUCUUGUCAUCGUGUUUGUUAUUUGUUUUGACUGCGAAAGUGAUGCGGGUUCCUCAGUGUCAUUAAGAAUAAUUAAUAAAAAAUAUUGAAAGAAUUAAUAAUCUUCUAAAAUGGCCUUAAGAGAAAAGAAACAACCAGUUGACUCUUUAUUUGCAAUUGGUACAAACUAUGUUGCCAACAACCUAAGUUUUUAUAGUACAGGAGAAAAUAUUCUGGAAUGGCUUCCUCCCAAUAUAAAAAAUAAUUUACUGAGAAAAAUAACCUGCACAUCUUACUUUUCAAGAAAUGUGAACUUUACUGAUUUUUUUAAAGUCUUGGUGAAUCCCAGUACAGAGGAAAUAAACUUAACUUGUAUGGCAGUAACUGAUGAAAUGCUUAAUGCUCUCCACUGUUGUAGCAAUGUCAGAAAGAUACACUUGACUGUAGAUGGAAACAGUUGUACAUUUACUACUAAAGGUUUGCUUAAUCUAUUUCCAAACACUCCUAAAUUGGAAAACCUUAUAAUUAUGAAGAGUAAAGAAGUAAAUGAUGAUGUUUUGCAGUGCAUUUCAUUACAUUGCCCAAGGUUAAAAGGAUUGAGUAUAGGAGGGUGUGUAAAUGUGACAGAUAAAGGACUAGAAUUUUUAAGUAGCAUGAGGAUAAGUUGGUUAGGAAUAAGUCAAACCAAGAUAACCGAUAAAGGAAUAAUCAAGCUAGUCCAAGGAGAGAGUGGGCCUAUACUGACGGAAAUUAUCAUAGAUAAUUGCGCUCAAAUAACGAACCUUGGACUGAACAAGAUUACAGAAUGCUGUCCAAAUUUGAAAAUAUUAAAUUUCCAAAAUUGUGAUACAGAUAUUCUAAUCACUAGUGUAUUUAGCUGCAGCAAGUUUAAUAUGAAGCAAAUAUUUUGGCAAAUCCCUUUGUAUUAUUUUGCCAUUCCAAAAAACAGCGGAGAACAGUUUUAUUUAUUUGCCGUAUUGUCUGCUUGGCUUCUACGUAAAAUCGGAAAGGAGUUUGAAAAUCCCCAUGAAUACGAUGAUCCAAACAGCACUAUUGAGAAAAUUAUUAAUGAAGCAAAGCAACUGGGCAUGCAAAUUGACUUUCCUGCAAACAAACUUAAACAAGGUGUGGGCGAUCAAGUUGUUAAUAUACUGGACUUCCUGGCUACUGCUGCUAUUAACAAGCAACAUUUAAUUUUUCAAAAGCCAAAACUUCCUGAAGAAAAAGAACAAGAAACUGAAGUAAUUGACGAUGAAUCUGAACUUAAUUUAGAUAGAGUUGAAGAAGAAAUGAUAGCUGCCUAUUCUGAUGAUUCCGAUGAAGAAAAUAUAUUUCGAUUAGAUGAUAUUAAACCUGUAAAGCGAGAUAUGCAACAAAUAGAUCUCAAAGGAAAUGUGGAUGAGGAAAGCUGGAAACUGGAAAUAGAAAGAGUAUUGCCAUUAUUAAAAGUGACCAUAAAGAAUGAAAAUCGAGACUGGAGAUCCCAUUUAGACCUAAUGAAAAGUUACAAGCAAAGCAUUAAUGAAACCUUGCUACCUACCAAAACCCAACUUGAAAAACUUCACAAAGAAAUCGGUUCAACCCUAGACAAAAUAGAAAACAGAGAAAAAUACUUGAAUAGAGAAUUAGAUGGGGUCCUCGAGAACUACAGAACAUUACAGGAUCAACUUUCAAAAAUUAAGGAAAAAUAUAAAAGCGUAAGCACAGGAGUAGCUGAAAGGAAUCGGGAACUCAAUAAUCUUAAUGGAAAAGUGGAAUCUAUUAAGCAACAAAUGGAAGAAAGGGGAAGUUCGAUGACUGACGGCACUCCACUUGUAAAUAUUAAAAAGGCUAUUGCAAAAAUAAAGUCUGAAAUUACUAAUAUGGAUGUUCGAAUAGGAGUGCUUCAAUGCCUUUUGCUACAAACAAAAUUAAGGGAGGAAAAGCAGCUGGAACAUGAGUUUGAGAAUACAUCAGUACCGGUUUUUUAAGACAAGAGAUUUGCUGAUUUAAUUCAAUAAUGAAUAUGUUGAUAGAAUUUUGUAUUAUUAGGAUUAUCAAUGUGUUGUAAAAUCUAAUAUUAGUAAUAACAUGCAUUACUAGUU